AUGAACCAAAGACAGUCUCAGCCCUCGACCCCGUCGGGUUCGCGGACGCGCCCUGCUUCUCGCUCCCCCUCCGUUGCCUCGCUCUCCGAAGUCGACGACGGGGCCGCGAUGAGCGACUCGCCGCCCAACUCACGCGAGUACCUGUGGCGCGCGGGGCCGCCCUCGACGCCAGCGACCCCGACUCGCGCUCCCCGACCCAACACCAACACCACCACCACCGCCGCCGACAGCCCCCAGCCGCCCCCCCUUCCCAACCGAGUCAUCACCACCCCCGCCAACCCGGCCAUCGCGUCCGCCCUCCCCGCCGACGCCCGCCCUCCGUCUCCCGCUCUCGGUCCCUCCCGCCGCACCCGGCGGAUCCUCUUCCCGCGCGCCCCCAGCAACGGGCUGCGCACGCGGCCGUUCUCCUCUGUGGGCGGCGGGACCCCCGGUGAUAGCAACGCCGCCUCCACAUCAUCCAACAAUUCGCCUGCGUCCUCGGCGCGCUCGGCGGUUUCUUCGCGGGCGCUUGGUGUGCGGACGCCGCGCCGUCGGGAGAGUCCCGGGGGGUUGCCCUCAUGGUGGCUAGUGGGGUCGGUGCCGUUCAGGCAGGAGAUCGUGGUCACUGCGCGGAGUGUGGCGGGCGAUGGUCACGCUCCCUUGAGAACCCGCGGCGAGCGGGGGGACGGGGCCUCGGUGGGCGACGGGGUUGGCACUUCUGGCGGGCUGGACGACUUUGUCCAGUUUACCAACCCCGUGCCCGAGAGCCCCUUCGUGCUGGGAGGCCUGGCGGCUUCAUCCCCCGCCAGCCGUUCCGUCGCCAACCCCGUGGCUGCUCCCGCAGCCGGCCAGGCCGGGUCGGCCUUGGUCGGCUCGGAGGGCCCUUCAGCCCGUUACCUUCGGGAGGACAGCAAUGUUCAGACCGACGGUAGCGGUGCUGUUGCGGCCCAUGGCCAGCUGGCAUGGGGUGGCCACGGCGGGGCGGAAUGGUUGACUCGGGAUGAAGUCAGCCAGGAGGAAGGGGAGGAAACUCCCUACCCUAAUCCCGAGCGGCUUCCGCGUGGUCCCGCCAACCACGCUCCCACCACCACCCGCGCGGUCCCUCCUCUGCCCUCCCCAAACGCCGGCACUGGUAUUCAUCCCACCAGUGCCACCACCCAUCCCGCCCACUCCUUCCCGCGGUUCGAAAUGCCACCAACCGGUAUUUCGACCGACUCUGGCGACCGGACGGACUCGGCCACUGGUUCUUCCAACCCGAGAACCAGUGCCCAGACCGCCUCCGGUUCUGCCGCAGUGUUGAGUGACGCGUUGAUCGACCCUGCGUUACUCGACCCUGCUUUAUUCGCAACCAUCGCCGCUCCUCCGCAACAACCACAACAACAGCAACAACUCACUCUUGGGACGGAUCAACCCAUCAAUCAAGAUUCCGCCCCGAGUAGCAGCGAGACAAUGGAGCCGAGCGCGAAUCACGAAUCGACCGGGAACGGUCAAUUUUACACCUACUAUUUGGCGCAGAACGGGGUCGGCAAUUCCGCGACCCACGGAGCGGGCACCUCCCACGCGACGGCGAACGGAUCGCAGGCCAUUGUGGGCAACAUGCAGCCCACUUCCAAUGGAAUGUACAACCCUGCGAAUGGGUUGUUUAUCGGGAGUGCACAAAUCCACCUAAACUCCUAUACCAACGACCCUCAUUUCGGACUCGAUAAUCUUGCCAAAAAUGACAAUCUGAGCACCAUCGCUCAGAUGGGCUCCAACCCCCGGAGCGAGCCGACCUCUGGUGGUUACGAAAGCUUUGGUGACAAAGGGCAGGAUAACGACCUCGAGUGUGGAGAGGUCGACCAGAGCAACAACAGCAGCGGUGAUGAAGAUAACGACGAGGAUGACGAGCCCACGCCGCACCUCCCCGACAUCCACCCAGCUCUGAUCUACGAUCCCUUGUACAAUCCGGCCGCCACCUAUUGGACUCCCCUCCCCAGGGCUCGCACUAUGAACGAAUACGUCCCGCCCGCGCAGCAGCCGCAACGCAUCAAUAUGUACGACCCGCCUCUCCCAGCCUUCGACACGGACCCGUCCCUCCCCUUUGCACCGUGGCGCGUCAACCAGCUCCCGCCGUUCGCCCCCGAGCCCAUCAACCGCGUGAUAACCAUCUCGGCGCGCCACCUCGCCGCCGUCGGCCGUCUUUACCCCGACGCCACCUUCCUCAUCUCGCGCUACCCGGCCUCCACCAACUACACGACCCGCAUCAAAGGCACCGCCCUCGCCACAUCCGCAGCCCUCCACUUCCCCAUGUACACCGACCCCGCCCACUCCCGCAACGCGGCCCGCGGCGAUCCCGACGACGUCGACGACGAUGCCAAUCCCAACAACAACAACAACAACAACAACAACUCCCCCUCCCCCUCCCCCGACAACGAGGACGACGGCCCCGUGUACAUCGCCUCUCCUCCUUCAGCGCGACUGGCCCAUCGGCGGCGUAGCCUUCCUCCCGUACACGGCGCUCUCGCGCGCCUUCCUCGCGAACCUGCAGGAGACCUUUGA